AUGUGUAAACGGUUUGAAGAUGGCUUGAAUGAAGACAUCAAGCUUUUAGUCAGGAUACUUGAACUGAAGGAAUUUGUUAUCUUAGUCAAUAGAGCACACAAAGAUGAGGAGCUUAGUAAAGAAAAGAGAAAAUUCAAUUCUGAGGCUAGAGAUUCAAGAAAGAGAUCAAUGAGUAAAUCAUAUCAUUCCUCGUCAAAGAAAUCGAAGGAUUUUCAUAACUGUUUGACUGCUUCAGUGGGGUAUUUCAACAGAUAUCGUGGAAAGCAACAUGGAAGUACUAAAACUCAAGCCAGUUCAGUAGCGAGUGUAGGUAGUGUCAGGGCAAACAAAUCGGACUGUCAACACUGUGGAAGAAGGCUGAGUAAUAAAACUGCAAGAGGCAGACCACCUCGAAAUACUAGAAAUGUGAAUAGUAGAAAAGGUACUACAAAGGAUUCUACUGUGAGAUCCGAGGCACGAGCACCAACCAGAGAUUAUGCAAUUCGCGCUCAUGAGGAUGCAUCGGCACCAGAUAUUAUCACCAGUACUUUUUCUCUUUAUGACACUGAUGUAACUACUUUAAUUGAUCCUAGAUAUACCCAUUCAUAUGUCUGUACAAAUUUAGUGUCUAAUAAGAGUUUACCUAUUGAGUCCACUGAAUUCGUGAUUAAAGUAUCGAACCCCUUAGGUCAAUAUGUCCUAGUUGAUAAAGUUUGCAAGAAUUGUCCUUUGAUGACUCGGGGAUACUAUUUUCCAACUGAUUUGAUGCCUUUACCAUUUGAUGAAUUCGAUGUGAUCUUGGGUAUGGAUUGGUUAACUCUAAAUGAUGUUGUUGUAAACUGUAGACGAAAGACUAUUGAAUUGAAAUGUCAGAAUAGUGAAAUUCUUCGUACUAAAUCCGAUGAUUCGAGUGGAUUGCCUAUUGUGAUAUCGGCUAUGCUAGCUCAGAAGUAUGUGAGGAAAGGUUGCAAUGCUUGCCUUGCUUAUGUACUGGAUACAAAAGUGUCUCAAUCGAAGAUUGAAUCAGUGCUAGUGGUUUGUGAAUAUCCAAAUGUGUUUCCAGAAGAGUUACCUGAGUUGCCACCGAUCAAAGAGGUUGAGUUUGCUAUUGAGUUAGUACCGGGAACAUCACUGAUAUCGAUAGCUCCUUACAGAAUGACUCCUACAGAGUUGAAAGAGUUGAAAGCUCAGUUCCAAGAAUUAACAGAUAGAGGUUUGCACGACCGAGUUUCUUGCCCUGCGAUGCACCAGUUCUAUUCGUAA